CGUUAUUAAAGGUUUGUUAGUUAAUGCAGCAUUAAAAUAUUAAUGAGUCAUUAAAGCUUUCUUAUUCUUUAAAUAUUACCCAUAAUGCUAUGCUCGUCAACUUCCGGGGCGUCUGCUUUGUUUGUAAACAUUCUAGCAAGAUGACAGACGCCGACGUCCAAACAAAGUUAGGUAGAAACCGGGGGAAAAAUUUUGAUACUAGCGAGAUUCAGCUACUUGCUGACUUGGUUGAAAAAAAAUAUCGUCACAAUUAACAGCAAGUUUACGAAUACGAUCACUAACGAAAAGAAGAAGAAAGUAUGGGAAAAUAUCACGUCACAGAUUAAUGCUUUAGGAAUUGCAAAUCGAUCGAUUAAAGAAAUAAAAACAAAGUGGACAAAUAUGCACCAAACUGCAAAAAAAGAUUUCAGUAGCAACAAACUGUCCCAGAGAAAGACGGGUGGUGGCCCUUGCGCCAAACCACUAUCGGUAGUGAGUGAGAAGAUCGUUGAUCUCUACAAAGACUCGCCUACAUUUAAUGGGUUGUCUGGGUUUGAAACGCAAUCCACUGACGAAAGCAACAUAGAGGUGAUUGGCUCCCCCACUACUGUGUCAAUUUUGACGGAAUUGCUGAUUCCAAGUGUUCAAGAAAGUGGAGACCAGGUCCCCGAAGAAUGUUGUGAGCAGGCGCAAAACGACGAGUCUUACCACUACCGAAGCAACAGAAAAACCUACUUCAAGUACAGUCACAACUGCGACGACUUGUAUGGAGUCAAGCAUGUCAAGAAAUGUAGGAAAUAGUGGCCGGCGUAAGAGGAUUAGACCUGAAGAUGUGACACAAAUGCAGUACGCCGUAUUGGUAGAGCAACAACGGAAAUUACGGGAACAAACGACGUUCUACAUGCUUAUGAACAAGAAGCUACGACAGGAGUUGGAAAUGCCUUCCGAGGACUAGUAAACGAAAUAAAAAUGAUCAACAAUUA